GAGCCCCUGGACUGCCAGGUGUCCGACCAGGGAGGAGGAGGAGGAAGAGAACUCCAUCUGCUGGGGCCUGAGUGUGGCCUGGGGGACGGGCCAUCGUCCCAGAAUGCCCCUGCCGGAGCCCAGCGAGCAGGAGGGCGAGAGUGUGAAGGCUGGCCAGGAGCCGUCCCCGGAGUCCCCUGAGCCAGGCACAGAUGUCAUCCUUGCAGUCCCCACAAAGCCCAAAGAGUUCUCCAAACUGGUCCUGCUGACGGCUUCCACGGAGAAUGUGGAUGGGGUGGACUCCCAGCCCAAAGGAGGGCGCUGUGUCAUGUCCCUGGAGAUGUCUGGUCCUGACACACUGGCCAGGACCCCCCAGAUCCUGCCAGUGGAGGAGCAAGUGGGGGCAGUCCAGCCAACCCCCCAGGUCCCUGAGCAGACAUGCAGCAAGCCAGAUACAGCAGCUCCCAAGCCCCUGGAGUUCCUGAGGACCCCUUUCGGGGGCCGCCUCCUGGUGCUCGAGUGCUUCCUGUACAAGCAGGAGAAGGCGGUGGGCGACAAGGUCUACUGGAAGUGCCGUGAGCACUGUGAGCUGGGCUGCCGGGGCCGGGCCAUCACCCGAGGCCCACGGGCCACAGUGAUGCGGGGCCACUGCCACCCGCCGGACGAGGAGGGCCUGGAGGCACGGCGCCGGAGACAGAAACUGCCCGGCCCAGCCCUGCCUGAAGGCUUGGGGGUUCCAGAGGGCCCUCGGGGCCGAGUGGAAGAGCCGCUGGAAGGGGUGGGCCCAUGGCUGUGCCCUGAGGAGCCAGAGCCCACCCCUGGGUUGGUGCUGAGCAAACCGGCUGCAGAGGAGGAUGAGGGGCUGCGAGCCCUGUCACUGCUGAGCUUGCCCCCCAAAAAACGCCCAAAACUGGGGAUCGGAGAACCCCGGCCCUUGGAGUUCCUGAGGACGUGCUAUGGGGGCAGCUUCCUGGUGCACCAGUCCUUCCUGUACAAGCGGGAGAAGGCCGUGGGGGACAAGGUUUACUGGACAUGCCGGGACCAUGCACUGCACAGCUGCCGCAGCCGGGCCAUCACCCAGGGCCAGCGGGUGACCGUGAUGCGGGGCCACUGCCACCCGCCUGAUGUGGAGGGCCUGGAAGCCCGGCGGCAGCAGGAGAAAGCCGUGGAAACGCUGCAGGCCAGGCCUGGUGGGCCUGGGGGCCAAGUGGACAAGCUGCUCCAAGGCGUGGACAGCCUGCUGUACCGCAGGGGGCCGGGGACUCUGACUCUCACCAGAGCCCGGCCUAGGAAGCACGCAAAAGUCCUUCCGGCCCAGCCCCAGGCCCCGCAGGGAUCCCCCACUGAGGACCCGGACGAGGCCCCCGGAGGCCCUGAGUUCCUGAGGACCCCUCUGGGGGGCAGCUUCCUGGUGUACGAGUCCUUCCUCUACAGGAGGGAGAAGGCGGCCGGGGAGAAGGUGUACUGGACGUGCCGGGACCAGGCCCGCAUGGGCUGCCGCAGCCGGGCCAUCACGCAGGGCCAGCGGGUGAUGGUGAUGCGCAGGCACUGCCACCCGCCCGACCUGGGGGGCCUGGAGGCCCUGAGGCAGCGGGAGCAGCUCCCCAGCCCGGCCCAGAGGGAAGGCUCAGGAACCCUCCGGCCUCUGGAGUUCCUGAGGACGUCCCUUGGGGGCAGGUUCCUGGUGUACGAGUCCUUCCUCUACAGGAAGGAGAAGGCAGCUGGGGAGAAGGUGUACUGGAUGUGCCGGGACCAGGCCCGGCUGGGCUGCCGCAGCCGGGCCAUCACACAGGGCCAGCUGGUGACGGUGAUGCGUAGCCACUGCCACCCGCCCGACCUGGCAGGCCUGGAGGCCCUGAGGCAGCGGGAGAGGCUCCCCAGCGUGGCCCAGCAGGAGGACCCAGAGAAGAUGAAACUUCCGCCGGAAGCGCAGGUGUGCAUCCAGCCUGGCUCUCCGGAAAGCCAGCAGAUGUGUGGUGCUGGUGGCCUUCACGUUUCCUCGAGGGUCUCCCAGGAGCCCUGCUUUGGUGGUGUCUCCGAGCGGGCAAACAAGAGUGCCAGGAGCUGGCGGCUUGCAGGUGUGCGUGACCUGGGGCAAAAGGUCCGGCCCACGAAAGAGCUGAAGAAGCGUCUUUCCACAAAGAGGCCUCUUCCCUGCGCUGCUGCUCCCAGCCGCGAGCACCCAUCCAUUUUCAGAGCGCGUGACUUUGCCAAGGACGGUCCAGUGUGGUGUGGGCGCACUCGGAGAAGGUGCCGCUGCUUCCGGCUGAGCUGCUCCCGCGGAGCGCCGGCCCCCCCCCCACGGGUUUUCCGGGCCGGUGCCAAGUGGACCUUCGCGCUCCUGGGCCACCUGCUGCUGCGCUGCAGCCGGCCCUCGUGGCGGCAGAGCAAGCCAAAGCAGGGGCCUCACUACACCCCCUGUCGGAGUCUCUCCCCUUUGCAGGCUUCCGACUUAAACCAGGGCCAGGGUCGGCCCAGCAGGUGUCGUUCCCGGCAGCGGGAGCCAGCCCGGAUGCCCACGGGAAGCCGGGGCAGACACCAGCGGGCCGCCAUGUCUGGCUGA